AUGUCUGACAUUGGCAGCGAUACUCAAGUGUCCCCCUCUGUUCUUAUAAAGAACAUUGUAGAGGAUCUAUUUUCCUACAACACCAUCAAAAGAAAGCGCAUUUUGGAGUACUAUUUUUUUGAAAACGCCUCAUUAUCAUCACCCAUUAUGAGCACAGAGGGAGUCCUGAAUAUACAAUAUGUAUACACUGUUUGGCAAGCCAUGAACAGAACAGAGCCGCAAAUCAACAACAUUGUAUUUGAUGGACACACAGCCGUUGUACAUUUAACACAAAACAUUUCGCCAUGUAUAUUUCCUUCAUUCAUUCAUCUCCAAGUGCCCGCCAUCACAACGCUUCAUUUCAAAGAGACAGAUCAAGACAGUGGAUUAUUGAAAAUAUACAGACAAGAAGAUAGCUGGACUUUGGAAGGCUUACUCCAAUCUGUACCACUUAUAUCAUUUUGGUAUGACCAUGUUCUUCGUUUAAUUAUGGGCAAGAUUGUCACUGCUACAGGUGAUUUACUCGAUGCAGCUAUACAACAAGCGGAGAAGAUGACGGUGCGUGGCCAAGAGAUUCAACGCAUUGGACGCGAUUUAGCAAUUGAGAACAUGGAGAAGCUGGAUGAGUACAAAUCUGAUCUGCAUGAAAAUUACCUGAAAGGAAUCCGAAAUUGGAGAGAGUCUUGUUCGUUGGAGGAUAUAGAUGAUAUAAGCGAUCCCCCUCUACAUUCUUCUUAUCGGGCGAAAGAAUACGGUGGUAGAGGGAGUCUGCAUCAUAUGACUGUCGAUGAUGUAGACUGA